UGAGCUCUUCCACGCGUGCGCAUUGAGGUAGAGGCGCCGCCGGGUGGAGCAAGAUGGCGGCGAAUGCUGGUGCGGCGGACUCUGCUGCCGCUUCAAACGGUAGCGGGAUGGAAGUGGACGUGGAUGCGACCGCGCUCCCGACCGUGAUGGCCCAAGGUGUGACGGGGAGCGUGGUCGUGGCUCUUCAUCCUCUUGUCAUCCUUAACAUCUCUGACCACUGGAUCCGGAUGAGGUCUCAAGAAGGGCGUCCUGUGCAAGUAAUCGGGGCUCUUAUUGGGAAGCAGGAAGGCAGGAACAUCGAGGUGAUGAACUCCUUUGAGCUCCUGUCGCAGAUCACCGACGACAAGAUCACCAUCAACAAAGAGUAUUACUACACAAAGGAGGAGCAGUUUAAGCAGGUGUUUAAAGAAAUGGAGUUUCUGGGCUGGUAUACGACCGGAGGCCCCCCGGACCCAUCGGACAUCCACGUCCACAAACAGGUCUGUGAAAUCAUAGAGUCUCCACUCUUUCUGAAGCUCAACCCCAUGACAAAGCACACGGACCUCCCCGUCAGCGUGUACGAGUCGGUGAUUGAUAUUGUAAACGGAGAGGCCACCAUGCUGCUGGCGGAGCUCCCGUACACCUUGGCCACCGAGGAAGCGGAGAGAAUCGGGGUGGACCAUGUGGCCCGAAUGACCUCAACUGGAAGCGGGGAGAAUUCCACAGUGGCCGAGCAUCUCAUCGCCCAACACAGCGCCAUCAAGAUGCUGCACAGCCGGGUGCGCCUCAUCCUGGAGUACGUCCGCUCGGCCGAGGCAGGAGAGGUGCCCUUUAAUCACGAGAUUCUGCGGGAGGCCUCGGCGCUCUGUCACUGCCUUCCCGUCCUCAGCACCGAUAAGUUCAAGACCGACUUCUACGAUCAAUGUAAUGACGUGGGUCUGAUGUCAUACCUGGGAACCAUCACCAAGACCUGCAACACCAUGAACCAGUUUGUCAACAAGUUCAACAUUCUUUACGACCGCCAGGGCAUCGGCCGGCGGAUGAGGGGCCUCUUCUUCUGAAGUCUCCGUUCUUAGGCCGCACGCCCCGCCUUCCCAAAUGUGAACGAACUUGGAAAACAUUUUCUGCAAAUCCUUCCGUAGGAAAUAAAGUGUAUUCACCACCA